CACCCUUCAACGAUCGAUUUAACCGAUGUGACGGGAUGUGGUACCAUGGAGUAAGUGGUUCGAGAGUUGUUCGCUGCUACGACUGCGACGCUGCCAUUGACCCCUGGCCCUUGGCCUUGACCCCUGAAGCUGUUUCGGAGAGCUCACGCUCGAGAGUGGGUGGAUGAUAGUGUGAUGCUACUAUUGCCAGGUACGAAACGCGCAUCAUAUCCAGUAGAAGCGAGGGGACGGGACAAAUGCAGGCAAUGAUAAACUGGAGAGCCCCCUUCGUCUUGAUCGUUCUGGUCCGGAUCUCUGUGUUUCUUCCUGGACGUGGGUAGUUUCAUUGCCAACGGACACGGCGUCGGCAUCACGAUCAUCAUGAUGAACACCCUCACCAUUCUUACCUUGGUCAAGGGACUUCCCUUGUUGGCUCUGGGUGUGGCAGCGGGAGCGACAUAUCCUCCGAUUCCCGCCGACCUGACCACACCCGUCCAGCACCGCAUCGCCAUCAACAGCCCGACGUCCGUCCGCAUCGCCUGGAACACGUACAAGCAGCUCAGCCAGCCGUGCGUCCAAUACGGCACAUCGCCAUCCUCCCUCGGCUCCCAAUCCUGCUCUACGUCGUCCAUCACCUACCCGACAUCGCGCACAUGGGCCAACGUGGUCACCAUCAACGACCUCACACCCGCCACCACGUACUACUACAAAAUCGUCUCUACCAAUUCCACGGUCGAGACCUUUACCAGCCCACGCCUACCGGGCGACAAGACGCCUUUCAACAUCAGCAUCGUCAUCGACCUUGGUGUCUACGGCAAAGACGGAUUCACGAUUGAGCAGGAUCAGAGCAAGCGAGACCUGAUCCCGUCCAUCGAUCCGUCGCUCAACCACACCACCAUCGGCCGGCUGCGCGACAACAUCGACAAGUACGAUUUCAUCGUGCACCCAGGUGACAUUGGCUACGCCGACGACUGGAUCCUCAAAGCACACAACUGGCUCGACGGCAAGGACGGCUACCAAGCCAUCACCGAGACCUUCUUUGACCAGCUGGCGCCCAUCGCCGCGCGGAAACCCUACAUGGCCAGCCCCGGUAACCACGAAGCUGCGUGCCAAGAGGUGCCCAAAACCAGCGGCUUGUGCCCUUCGGGCCAAAAGAAUUUCACCGACUUCAUCAACCGCUUCGGUCUCGUCCUGCCGACCGCUUUCAGCUCUACGUCGCCCGACUCGGCAGCAAAGGUCAACGCCAACAAAGCUCGCAUCCUCGCCAACCCGCCCUUUUGGUACUCAUUCGAGUACGGCAUGGCGCACAUUGUCAUGAUCGACACGGAAACCGACUUUGAAGACGCGCCCGACCAACCGGGGGGAUCGGCGAAUCUCAACGGGGGUCCCUUUGGCUCGUACCUCCGCCAGCAGCUGGACUUUUUGGAAGCUGACCUUGCCUCGGUCGACAGGUCCGUUACCCCCUGGGUUGUCGUGGCGGGCCACAGGCCAUGGUACACCACGGGCUCGGGCGACGAUUGCCAGCCGUGCAAAAAGGCGUUUGAGCCGCUAUUUUACAAGUAUGGAGUUGACUUGGGCGUGUUUGGGCAUGUGCAUAACAGCCAGAGGUUUGCGCCGGUGGUGAAUGAUACCGCGGACCCGGCGGGCAUGGAGAAUCCCAAGGCACCCAUGUAUAUCGUGGCGGGCGGCGCGGGAAAUGUGGAAGGGCUGACCAAGGUUGGAAAGAAUGUGUCGACGAAUCGGUUCGCGUAUGAUGACGCGUUCAGCUAUGCGACGGUGAAUUUCUUGGAUGAGCAACGGAUGCAGGUGGACUUUAUCAACAGCGAGACGGGUGCGAUUCUGGAUCGGUCGGUGCUGUUUAAGAAGCAUGAUCAGAAAUUCGUUGUGCAGUGAGUUGUCUGGUUGGUCGAUUUUCUCUGUUCGGUAUCGCGUUUAUCCGGUUAGGUAGACUUUGCAGUAUUUGGGUCGCAGUAAUCUCAAGAGAUUCACUCAAUGAAGAUGGACAGUUCGAAAAAGUGAAGACGCAACCAAUUCCCGGAACAUCACCGCCUAGAACAACAGUUAGAAGCAACUGCCGCGUUCGGCCGCUCCCCUCGGGCCCCUUCCCCCGCACAGCAACCCCC